GCUUAGUUUGAAUUCUACAAUAUUUGUUAUUUUGAUAUCUGUUUAGUCUCGGAGCGAUGAAGCCAGUUGCUGAGAUCAGAUCAGAGUUUAUCAUUGCUCUGGAUAAACGCGGGCAUGUCUGCAAAUAUAUCCUCAUCGUUUUCAACAUCAUCUUUGCGAUAGUGGGGUUCACGUCAUUGGUGUUUGGUCUGUGGCUGAAUUUUCAUGGCAACUCCAGGGACAUGUUUGAUACAUCAACCGCCAACAACAACCAGGAAGGCAUUGACUUAGAAGUCUUUGAAAUCGCCGUUUACAUCUUGGUAAUACUUGGCUUAGUAAUGGCGAUUGUUGGGAGUUUUGGAGAUUAUGCUGCCUGCAGUGAGAAUAAAAUGGCUCUACAAGUGUUCUCUGUCCUUCUAUUCCUCUUGGCUAUGGCAGAAAUAACUGUCGGACUGCUUGCUUACUUCACCUGGGAUGAGAUUGCAGAGAACCUAGGAAAGUUGUAUGCUGAUCUAUAUAAGCUCUGUGUGAAGAAUAAAGACAAAGACAUUGCUGGCCUUCUGACAUUCAUCCACAGCUCGCUCCACUGCUGUGGACUGACUGGAGUCCAACCCAACGACUUUGUUAGGAAGACCUGCCUCAAGGUGUAUGAUGCAGAGCACAGUCAUAUGCAGAGCUGCAGAGAGAACAUUACAACUUUCUCUGACAAUAAGGCACCAGUGGUGCUGGGCUGCUUCGUUGGAACCGGCGCUAUUUUGAUUGGAGAAGUGAUUUGCACCUGCUUGCUCACUUCAAAGAUUCAUCGGGACUCUGAUUCUCGGUAAAUUAUUCAGACUCUCUGCAUCGUCACCUUGGAUCCUCGUCAGCCUUUCAUCAGGACCCGGAUGCCUUCAUGUCCCCCAUUGCUUUCUCCAGCUCAGUCAUCUUAGUUUUUCAUUCUUAUUGCACAAUCCUGACAAAUGUGCAUCUCCAUGAAGAAUUACAGAUCCCUUCUUCAGUCAUGGCCAAAGGGUUGACAAUAACACAAGUUAUGUUUAGCAAACUGAAUAUUUCUAGAUUAUUUUUAGAAUAAAACCUUUAGUUGUAACCUUCAGUUACAUCAGACCAGUCUCUCGCUGCUAGUAAUUCUGCACCUGAAAGAAGAGUUUUCUGGGUCAUCAACAACUACAAGGUUGCAGAACAUGUGGCUUCAGGAUGUACAAAUGUGUCCAACAGCAAGGGCCGUCUCCUGUGAUAAGGGCAGAAAAGAAAGUGGUCUCUGAUCGAGACAAACACCAAAAACAGACUGAUAAUCCACCAAAGUACCAGGAUACACAGUAGAACACUAGUGCAGUUGUUUUUCCUGAUGAAUCCUCCAGAUUUUUGUAACAGAGAAAUAAUUUUUCCUGGAAAAGGUAAGCGCUGUGUCGACAUUGAAGGGCGGACUUAAAAUGCUGCCAAAGAACAAUGUCAUGAAUAAACACAUUGAUUAAAACA